AUGUCUAAACCAGAAAAUAAUCUUGAUGAAUGGAUUAAUUCAACUGAUAAUAUUAAUGAUAUGAUUGAUAAAUUUAUAAUCCAUUUGAUUAAAAUACAAGAUGAGGGUAAAGAUUUUAAUUUAACGAAGGAUUUUAUUAACAAAUGCAUUGCUAUAUCUACUAGAUCAGCUGAUGAUAUUUUUAAAUGGCUUAAAGAAAAUAAAAAUGAUUCAAAAUAUGUUUUCUUUUUUGGAAUUUUCAUUUAUUAUUAUGUGGUUGAUUUAAAAGAAGAAAAUGAUGUAGAUGGAUUUAAAUGCUUCCAAAAAACGUCAAACGAUUAUCCGAUUGCACAAUUAUAUUUAGGUAGAUGUUAUACUAAAGGUUUCGAAAAAGGUUUAGAAAAGUCCUGUAAUGAUAAAGGAACAGAAAAGACAUUUUUUUGGUACCAAAAAGCUGCUGAAAGUGGAAAUGUUAUCGCACAAUUUAAGCUAACUUCUUUGUAUUUAAGAGGAAUAGUUCAUCGAGAUUUUCAUAGUGGAAAUAUUCUUUGUGAAAAUGAAAAUGAUAUCAUAAUAAGUGAUUUGGGAAUUAGUAAAUUAUUAAUUGAAUCAAAUGAUAAUAAUUGUGUGUAUUAUGGGAUUAUUCCUUAUGUAGCUCCAGAAAUCUUUCAAUUACAAACAUGUACUAAAGCUUCAGAUAUAUAUAGCUUUGGUAUAAUUAUGUGGGAAUUAAUGACGGGUAGAAAACCAUUUUGGGAUCGAAAAUGGGAUAUACAUCUUAUUAUUGAAAUUCAUGAUGGUAUUCGUCCUCCAAUAAUUACAGAUGCACCGGAAGGAUAUAUUGAACUUAUGCAAAAAUGUUGGGAUUCAAAUCCAAAUGAAAGGCCAACGGCGUAUGAAAUUAUUAAAUCUAUUAAUGAAAUUAUUUUUAAUGAAAAAAUGAAUCCAACUAAAAUUAUGGAAUCCAAAGAUAUUGGACCUAUAUUAGUAAAUGAUCCAGGUGUUAUAUCCACUGGAAUAUUGACAAACUCUGAAACAUUUACGAUCGGUAAAAGAAAAUUCCAUGAUGAUUUAAUUGAAAGUUAUGACAUUGAUGCGAGCAGUAAAAGAAUCAAAUCUAAUGAGGAAACUUGUGAUGAAUCUAUUAAUACUAUUUAUUUUUCCAAAUCUUUAGAAUUUGAUAUCUGA